UUUGUGAUUGGAUAAGAAACGGAUGCACCACAGGAGUUCUAAAGUGAUGGACGGGGGUUGCAGCGUGGACGAAUCGUUCCAUGGAGAAUCUUGUUCCAUGGUGUAGUGCAAGGGAAGCUGCGAGAACAGAUCGAGUGUUGUUGGCUUUGUAAUCCUGUUGAUAACUUUUUGAUAGUGGAAGCGGUACGUGGAUGUUAGUAUAAGUAUGAGAAUUUUUUUAGCGAGACUAGUGUGAAUGCAUAAACCCUUGAAAAACAAUAUUAUCCCGAGAAUAAAAAUGUCCCGGUCGUCGUACAAGCCAAUGGAUAAACAUUGGGAUCCAAUGCAAGAAGCAUACAGAGAUCCUCAUUUCAAUUCGUACAAAGAUGGGCCAGGAGCCAACCUGGAUUUAGACAAACAACCCUGUUCCUUAGGGACAUCGAAGGAGAAAACUAUGUUUAAAUUAUAUGUAGGAAAUGUGCCAACAGACAUUGAUAAGGAUGGGAUAGAAAAUAUUUUCAGAACUGUUGGAGAGCCAAUUGAUGUUAUGCGUGCUCAUCCGCCGAACAAUUUUGCGUUUGUGACCUUCCGCACUCUUGGGGAAGCUGAAGAAGCAAGAAGGCAAUAUGAUCGUCGUCCUCCUAUGAACUUGAAAAUAGAGUAUGCUAGAAGUCGUGAUGAGCCUGUGAAAAAGAGGCUAACAGACAAUUUUGAAUUGUCUGGAGUGACAGAAAAUCGGGCUCUUAGAAAACCUGUUGAAAACUCAAAACCAAGGUAUCGAGGCCCUGUCUGGGAAAUGACGCUUGGCAAAGGGCGUGGACUAGCUGUUGCUCCCUUUGAAGAUCCUCGAACUGUUAGGCCUGGCAAUACUCGAGAGACUUCUGAUAUUCGCCAGUUUCAGCAGUAUGGUGGAAGUAAUUACGAUGAAUCAAAUACUGCAAUUCUGAAGGGAGUGCAGCGUGAGAACGGUCCAGGUGGCCCAAAAAAGUUCGUAAUGGGGAGAGGUUGUUUUGAUAGGGAAAUGGACAAAUUGUGUCAGCCCAAAAAAUUGGAAGACGUCAUUGACAAUUUGCAUGAAGCAAAGACAUCUAUUGAAACUUACUUCCAGAGGAGAAAUGGAACAUUAGAGUUUUCAAAGAAGGAAUAUCCUCCAAAGUGGGAACAAGGGACUUGCACUUUAUGUAAGGAACCUUCAACACAAUAUUGUGCCCAGUGCAAUGAUUGGUAUUGUUCUAGAACUUGUCAAGAGAAAGAUUGGCCUCGACAUCGACAAUACUGUGGAAUGCCCUCAAGAAAAAAUCAACAUGAUUCUGCAAAUGGAGCAAAUGCAAAUCAAAUCUCACCCCCAAGAAAGGGGAAAGUGAAAGGAGGGAGAGACUUCAAUUUUUCUCAGCAAAAUAAUGGCUACACCCCUCAGUCAGUGGAGACAAUAACUUCAGACACCAGAUAUUCCAAAAGGAAAGAUGAAUAUUAUACCAAAGAACAUGGUGCCUGCUCUGAUGAAAGACAGAGAAGUCCUCAGAAUAAGGAUGCAAUAAUAACAAAGGUAGAAAAGUCUAACAAAAAAGGAAAUAUGAAUUCAUCUCGAAAUGGUAGUGAUGAAUCGGAAUGUUCCUUUGAAAAGGAAAAUAAUUCAUGCAAUGACAAACACUUGCUCACUGAUUCUAAUAAACCAAAAUUCACAAAGAAAGGACCAGAGAAUAAAUACUAUAAUAGGAAUGGCAAAUUUGAUGGAAAUCAAACUAGGAAUCCCAAAGACAAUUAUAAUAAAAAUGCAUCUUCAGAAAAAUCGCAUGAUAUAAAUUUUCCUGCGCCCUGUAGUUCAAAAACGGAAAGUAGCGGGUUUACUAAGGGGCAAGCAUCACCCCCAAAAGAUAAUAGGCAAAAAGCUGCAAACCAGACUAAUCCUAUUAAAGAGAGUCCAAAAAGAAUUGCUCCUGAGAUUUUUGAAGAAAAUGAACUGUUGCCAGACACCUUCACAAAUGUAUCUAUACAAGUAGUGGUAGAUUCUGAUCAGUACUGGGUUGUAUUGUCCUCGAACAUGUGUGCUAUAGCUUCCAUGUCAAAUGCAAUGGAGAGUGCUUUGACUGAAAGAGCUCCAGUGCAGUUGGGGGCAUAUUGCAUGGCAAGAUAUCAAGACAUGUGGUUCAGAGCAAAAAUUACUUCUGUGCAUCCGACAUUAAAAGUGUUCUUCAUUGAUUUUGGUAAUGAAGAAACCGUUACUUCGGAAGAAAUAAAAAUCCUUCCUGAUGCUGUUAAAAAAAUGCCUGCACAGGCUGUGCAGAUCAAGUUAGCACCUGGAACAUCUCAGAAGUAUCAGAUGCUGAAGGAAAAUGAAGAUCUGAGUGUUAAACGUGUCCAUCAAAACAAAGAUGGAAUUGUUAUUGUGCAUGUGGAGGGGGAAGUAUAUGAGCAUAAUAGUGGGGUUCCAACUGAUGAAGAAGAGACUCCCUUAGCUUUGCAGAACACUACGGUUCUGUUAAAAAAGGGCAUGAAAUGCACUCUCUGUGUAACUGAAUGUAAUAAUGCUGAAUUUUUGGCAUGUUUAGUUCCUGUAGAUAUGAAACAUCAUUAUAAUGAUUUGUUUAGUCAAGAGUUUCAAGAGGAAUGUGAACGUUUACCUGUGAUUAGUGUUUUCCCCAAAAUUGGGGAAGCUGUUAUCGCAAAGUUUUCUGAAGAAGGUUGGCUUCGAGCCUAUAUUUUGCAUGUAUCUAAUAAAAAUGAAUUCACUGUUGCUAGUUGUGAUUUGGGUCUGGUUGAAACUGUGAAAGAAGUAAAAAAAUUGCCUCUGAAGUGUAGGGAGAUUGUUCAAUUUGCUGUUGAAUGUGUUAUCUUGGAAGAAAACAAAUCUCUAGAUGUGCCUAAACUUAUUGGGUUAGUCAUUGAAAGUUGUUCUUCUGACUCAGCUAUUGCUGUGUUGAGUGGAGAAGAAUGUAAAAUACAAAUUAAGAAGUGGGAAGUCCCUUAUGAAUUGUAUGAAGAACUAAAAUGUGUUGAAUUAAAGAACGGAGAUUGUGUUAUAUCGGCUGAAAUGUCUCCAUUUGAAUUAUACAUUCGACCACUCUCAAGUCAGUGUAUUGACACUUAUAAUAGGUUAUUACAGGACGUCGCAAAAUAUUGUUUUAAAUCAGCACCCUUAAAGUAUACACCAAAAAUAGGACAAGUCUUGGCAGCUCGAUUUACUGAAGAUGGUAACUUUUAUCGAGCUAUAGUUCGUGAAGUUAAUAAAUCCAAAGGAGUGAAAGUACAAUAUAUUGACUUUGGUAAUGUUGAGUUUGUAAAUCAAGAGGCAUUAAAGCCUCUUAACAAUACUCUUCGCAGUGUAGAAUGCUGUGUAGUAAAAGUGGUUUUAGAAAAUGUGGUUGAUAGACCGUUGAAUGAAGAAGUGCAGAAACUUUUCAAGGAUCUUAUUUUGGGUAAUACACCAUUGAAAGUAAAAAUAUCAGAAGGUAACAAGGUUUCCCUUUCCUUAAAAGAUGGAACUAAUUUAAAUGAAAAAAUAAAUAAAAUGCUAAUGCCAGGAUGGAAGAAAGGGAUAACAGAUAAGAAAAUAUACACAAUUAAUGAUGUCACUAUAGAAAAAUUGGAAUGUAAUUCUCUUUUGGAAUUGGCCAUAAUUAAAGUUAUGAAUCAAGAUUAUGAAAUUAUUGCCAGGCCUAAAAACAGUCAAACAAUACAGGUUCUCCAAAAUGAUCUUCAAGAUAUAAUUAAUGAGUACUGUGAAAAUGUAGGCCCUUACACACCAAGGGAGAUGGAGCUUUGCGUUGCAAAAGUUGAAAAUAAUUGGAGUCGUGCCUUGUGUUUUUCUGGUGGAAACCCUCUGGCACUUUAUCUUUUUGAUACUGGAGUUAUGGUGUAUUUGACCCAUGAGAAUAUUAGAAAGUAUUCGAAAGACUUUACUGUUGUGCCUGCUGUUGGAGUGCAUUGCAAAAUCAAAACAGAAGUGACUCAUUCAAGGCAAGAAGAUAUUUCACGUGCUGUUCGUCAUUAUUUAAAUACAAUGAGAUAUAUCACAGCAAAGGUUAUUGAAGAAUCAGCUGAAGAUUCAUCUCUUAAAGGAUAUGUCAUUUCAGUGCCAGAGUUGGAUGAAAUCUUGAUGACGUUGUGAAACAUUUUCAAGAUAAUCUGAAGUAAGAUAUUAUACUCAGAUACUUAAUAUUCAUGUUUAGAAUCAUUCAAACUUCAUUGUACUUUAAUUUCUUUAUUUUUGUCUUUGACUUUGUAAGUUUUAUUUACCUAAAGUACACAAUUUUGUAUUAAAACAUAUUUUUCCAUGUUUUCUUUUCUAUCCUACAUAAAUUGACCCAUCAGUUGUAUUUGAGUGUGAUCAAGACAGGAGGAAAGGCUACAGGUUGUAAAAUAUGUGACAAUGAUCGAUGAGAAUUAUUCUGAUUCAGAUUGUUUUUUUUGUAGAGUUCUUUGAAAAAUCAUAAUUUAGUUCCCUUUUGUGUUUUGACUAGGAAUAUUUUUGGGAAGUACUGAAGAUUUUUCUUUCAUAGUUUUUCCUUACCUUACUUUUCAUUACAUUUUUAAAUAUGCUUCAAGUUUCGUAUUGAAGGAUUUUUUUAUUUUUUUUUAAAGGAAAGUGAACAAUUCAGAAGGUAUAAUUGACAGUGGGAGUCAAUAGAAUGGUUUCUCUGACAUACGAAUCUCUUAUGCCUGAAUUUAAUGAAUUGGGUUUAUUCAGCCUUCCUAUUAUAGUAUAAUAUUGUGAAUUUAAACAGAAAAAUUAUAAAUGUCAUGAUAAAGGAAAUUGAAACAAAUUAAGAGAACAAACUGAGUCAGUUAAUAAUAUUAUUAUACAUUUGUCUUACUUAAUUAUUAUUAUUAUUAUUACUAAAUAAUUUCUUGGUAAACAUUCCGUAUUACUUUGUUACAUUGCUGAUUACAUACAUUUUCAUGCUUCAGUUAUGAUAUCCUGCUCUCUUCCCUUUAGAGGAUUAUUUAACCUGCUUUUGAAAAUAGUUAUAUGUAACUGAAUUUUUUGGUUUUAUAUAACUUCGUUAUUUGAAUUUAUAUUUUGGGUUUGUGACCUGCAUAGUUAAUCAAAUUAUUUUCUGUGUAAUGGCUGAAUGUGACAGUUUUAUAUUCUGCUCUUUUUUGAAAAUGGUAUGGAUGAGACUUCAAAUUCAAUCCUCUUUUAUUUUAAUGUUUGACUUAAAAGCUGGUGAACUGAACUGUUUACAUUUGUGUUUAGUAUGCUGUGUCUAAUCUCUUUACUGGCUUAGUUAUCAGUUUCAACAGCUUUUUUCCCAUUUGGUAAUUGAAGAUGAAACAUUUGUACAGAAGUUUUUUAUUAGAACAGCAUCAUUCUUAGGAUAGCUUAGUUCUGUGAUUUUGGACUCACCCUGGAACAAACGUAAUUUUGAGAAUUUGUGCUGUUAAUUUUCUAAGUACAUGGUGUGAAGGCUUGAGUUCAAUAACAAAAUACUUCCCCUCCCCUCCCACCGCAAAGCUUCAGUGCAGCAUCAGCGCUUCCCUUCUCACCUAGAAAGCUCCCAUUGCUGUGUGCGAAUGAAAUGAAUUAUUGUUGCAAGCUAAAUUUUGUUUUGCGAUAAUCAUGCAGGUAGGUUAAUUGAUUUGUGUGUGACAUGUUAUGCACUGAAUAGUAGUUAUGUUCUAAUUUAAUUUGCAUCAUAGUAAAAAUUAGAAUGUAGUGCAUAAUAGAAAAGACCUAGUGAGUGUAAGUAAUGUUCCCCUUUGUUAUGUUUGUGAAGUUGAAUGCUUUAACAUGAAGAUGUUAUGAUACAGCUUCAAAGCUUGAAGUUCAUAAUCUUUUCCCAGAUUGAGACUGAUCCCUAAACAGUUACUUGGCUGCUCUUCUUCUGAAACAAUGUUUUAAAUGUCUGCUUGGCAUAAAAUGUACUAAAUUUGAUCAUCUUAUGUUUAUUGCUUCAUUCUUCUUUCUUAUCUUGCCCCUGCCUGUUAUGAAUAAGAAUCAAAAUUAGAAUAAAAGAGGCUUCUGAAAAAGUAAUCAAUCACAUUGAUCAGUUUAAUUCUGUAAAUUAGUGUUUGUAUAAUGUGCAAUGCAAUGUCCAAGUGUAUUACAAACGUAAUUUAAAGGGAGGUUAUGUUAAAAUAGUUUUGAUUCAUUUCCAAUUGAUAUGUCAUUUUGUAUGCUGAUUUGCGAGAGAAAUUACUGUAAAACUAUUUAAAAUAAUUAACACACAACAAAAUAUAUUUGAUAUAAUGUGAAAGAGCACUACCAUAAUACAUAAAAUUACCAUGAGAAAGUGUAGGCAUCUAUGAUCAGUCAGAAUCUGCUUGGCUGCCCAGGAUAUAGUGCGUCCCAAGGCACAGGUGCCAAUGCCCUGAGGAAGAUUGCAUCAUGACGGCUAAAUUUUUGGCAUCUGUUCCUAAGACACAUCGUUUCCUGGAUCACCAAGUAGAAACAAUUAAUAUGUGUAUACAUAAUUCAAUACUACAAGUAAUUUGCAUACUAUCACAUAUUGUAAUUUAAUAUCUAAGUUAGCAAAUUAAUCGAGUCAAUGUUCUUUGUUGCUUUAGUCUCAUACUAGUUUUGAUGCUUCGAGACUAAAGACAACUACUAUGUAUGAGGUAAUGUGUUGACAACUUUUACCAAAGAAGUCAUUGUAUUGUAUUAAAGAAGUGUGCAGGCCAUGUACUUGUGACUUCGAGGAUGUUGAAAAGCAUAGGAAUUUGUAAUGCUCAUUAUGGAUCUUGAAGGCUUCAUGCAUGUUGCCACAUUUUCCUAGCUGUAAGUGCUAGGAAGUUGAAGUCCCGUUAGUCGUUACUUGCGAAUCGUUUUGAGAUCCAUAGGUAUGCGUGUGUCUCUAUGUAUUUUUGCUAACAAGUUUUCAUUUCAAGGCCAAAUGGCUGAGACCAAUUUAACUAUUGGGAAAACACAUAUAAAGCACGGUUAAUUCAUCACAUUUUAUUGAGUCAAAGGCUUUCUCCAGUGAGAAUUUGGCCUUGUUAUUCCUCUUUGAAAUGUAACUUGAUGUCCCAUUUGAAAUGAUAGAAGAUUUUGAUGUCUAGAUCCUUAAAAACGACCGUUUCAACUGCAUUCCUUCUGUCCAUAUGGUAAGAUGUGUUAAAUCUUCCAAUAUGCGUGACCAUAAGUUUAAAAUGUAACAUGUAAACUCUUGACCAUUCAUUAAUUGAAUCUACCAUUUUGGGUGGUGACUCGCCAGGGUCGUAGGGGUGUUGUCUUAAGUCUUCCUACUAAGAAAACUCAGCGUUGGGCAGAUCUCUUGGACACAGAAUACAAAAGAUUGGACCAGUUGUGACCUCUGGUGAACUGCUGUGAAUUCUUCUUGGGGAGGUCAUUGAUUUUCUCCAAUUCUCAUCAAGAAAGAAUUGUAUCUAGCGGAGAAACUCCUUUUCUGCUAAAUGUGCAAAUUUGUAAAGAAACAUCCAAUAAUUUAUCAAAUGCAUGAGAAAAGUAGAGUCGAUAUUAUUCAAAUCUGUAGUCCAGUUUUGCAGUGAAGGUAAUAAAGAUGUUGCUUGUACAGAAACUGCCUAUUGAACUUCCUCAAUUUGUUGGGAAGAUAAAGUUUUCUGAAGUGUUAGUGGAUUUGAAUUCUUGAAUGUUGUUGGUUUCUUCCAUAAAUAAAGUAAGGUAUGAUGUUGAUAACUCCUUCAAUUAAUUUGUUAACUUGUUCUCUAAAAUCAACGAUAAUUUACUUGAACUAUACCAAGUUGUUGCUUAGGACUCUCAAAUUUAUAUUUUGUGGAGGUCAUUAUAAGGGUAGUGGAAGUGCAUGACCACACAGCCUAAGCUAAUCGCAACUUGAAAUUGUUGUUGGAUUAAAAUAAGAAUAGGGUUGACGCUUGUAAUCAGCUAUUCCAUGUACAUUUUAAUAGAAACUAGUGACGAUUGCAUUGGUUUCUUCCUUCAAUACAUGUGAGGGUAAAUCAACUACAAACCAGAAUGUUAUAAUUUAAAUUAAUUGAUCCUUCAAAAACGUGAAAAUAAACAAGUUUCUUUUUCUAUAUAGUCCCCUGACUUAGAAACAAGUUUUCCCAGCGGAUUGGUAGUUUUAUUUAUCCCACUCUCAUCCCACUCUCAUAAAAUGAAGAUGGUUGGAACACCAGCCAUUUGUGCAUGAACUCUGUCACAGAAACAAUCUUCAAAUUUCUGACCUCAAAGUGCUUUUUUCAGAGGUUUGAACAAAUGAAGUUGUAUGUUUAGACUCUAGGGUGGAUUUUCUAGUGUACACCAGGACAAUACUGUAAGUUGUAGAGUUAUUGCUGCAGUAUUUGGCUGAGCAUUGUUGUGAAGCACGAUCACAAUUCGGAUUGGAAAUAGUGUCAUUUUUAACAAUAUGCUCAUUUUGCUUCAUCAGGAAGUUGGCAGUGGUAUGCAGCAUUCACAGUGCGAUGUUCAUAGAAUAAUUGAUCAUUCAAUAAUUUCAUCCUUAAUCAGUGUGAACAACCCCUUUGAAUUCAAAAAAGACUGUCAUGAUCUUUCCUACAGAGUAGAGCAUUGGUUUUCACAGGUGCAGAUUCAUUCGUCUCCAUGCUGGAUGUUUCGAUUCCAAGGUGUAAUGGUGCACCCAUCUUGUGAGCACUUUUUGAAACCCCAGAGUUUCUGUAAUAAUGAAAUAAGCUCUUCCAUAGAUUAUACUGAGUUCAAAAGCAAUUUCAGCGAGUUCGGUGAUUGUCAUUGAGAAAGCUGGAAAUGGGGGAAAUUGGCUUCUGUCUAACAGGCCUUUGAGUGCCAUUGAGGGAGUCAUAUUGCCAGUUGUUUCUCAUCCUUUUACAAAUUCUUUGUACCAUGCAGACACUUGCGUUUUCUGCAUGUUGUUUCUGAUCUGUGCCAUCAGGUGUCUUACAAUAUUGGACGAUUUUACACCCUCUGUAGUCAGGAAUUUUAUUGUAAUUGUUGCGCGACAGAUGGUGGGUACCUCUUGUGUUGAUAUUGCAAUUGUGACUGACGCAGUUUCAUUGUCAGCCUGAUUAGCACACAAGUUGUUUCCUGGAAUCUCAACCAACACUACCCAGAAGGCACAUCCUUUUCCUUUCAUCUCGCAGCACUUAAAACCAAAAUUCCAGUUUGUGUUUGACUCUCCCUCGCACUAACCUUGCUACGGCAGUGAGCAUCAUAACAGUAAAAGUAGAUUAUAUUUUUCUUCUUCCUUGACAAGGGUUCUGAGCCAAUUGUCCAUACCGAAACUCAGCACUGCGCUGACCACAUUAUUCUAGGUCUACCUACAUCUCUAGCCCUUACGUUUACCAAAGGUAGCUCUCUUAUAUAGUUUUAUUUGGUUCCAUAUUAAUAUGUUGGAACCAUUCCUGUUGAUAUUUGUUAAUGUAAUUUACUAGACUAUAAAUUAUAUUUUUUAAGAAUAAAUUAUUUCCGUUGUAAUGUGUGUACUUGUUCAGGAAUUUAAAUCGAAAGUGCACAAAACCUAUUUCAUAGUGAAAGAACAAUUGUCACAAGGAAUCUGCAGUUGUAGGUGUUGUGCAUCUGGGGAGUUUCAUAUAUAACUCGCUGUACUUAUGUUUUUGGAUUAAUCUCAAGCUCAAUUACAUAUACAAUGCUUUACAGACAAUGUAAAGAAGCUAAUAAUUUUAUUAACAUCACGAAUACAAACGCCUCAACUUUGAGUCAUAAGCUUUGUCUGUUAUCGAUGGAGUCCUUCCAAUGCUCUAUCCAAAUCUACAGAGGAGUCAAAGAGCGACAUUGUCAGAUGCAGCUGAAUAAAGCUGGAGAUGGAUGACAGCUGCCUGAAGUUCAGCCACAUUGUGAAUUCUGUGUUGAUAUUCAGAAGACUAAGAAUUUUUGGUUUUUGUAGACUAAAAAUAAUAAGGCUGGCAGUUUCAAAUUGGGAGAAUGAUCUGGCGUCACCAGAGGCUCAUGAAGUCAAUCUGGGGUUGCAAGAAUGUUUUGUUCAGUGUUCUCUCACUCCGAUAUGUCAUGUAAGUUUUCAUCCCUCUACACACAAUUGGGUCUGUUAACACUUCCCACAGCUUGACAUUUUACAUCUGUUCAAAUCUGAAUUUUCCUUCCACAAGUUUGUGGACUGUGUGUGACAUCUGACUGAAUCAUCAUUGUUAUGAGUAUUUAUUAAAUGAGGAUGAUAUUGCUGUAACUGUCCUUCAUUAUUCUCAGCAGUGUCUAAUUUCUUGUAUAAAUAUGCAGCUUCAUACACAUUCAUUUGUUCUAAUGAUUGCUGUGUUUAGGACAGUUACCCAAAACAUUUUUGUGUACUUCUUGUCAGUGAAAAAUUGUAUAUGUAAAUAUGGGCCAUCUUGUAAAUUUAUGGCUUAUAGGAGUGGUUUCCGGGAUUUCCCAGGAGUCUACUUUCAACCUGUUGUUUGUUAAGUUAGGUUUAUGGCUAUUUUGAUGCUUAGGUCGUUAGAAUAAGACUCUUUUUAAAUGAUAAACAUUAAUUAGAAGUGCAUAUUGAAUUCCCAGCCUUUUUAUUAUUUUUCAAGGUUCUUAAUUUUGCUACUAGUCUUCUAGCACUUGCUAGUGAACUGAAAAAACAUUUUCUCAAUUUUAUUAUUAUUAUUCAGAGUGGCAUUUCUGACAGUUUCUCAACGAGUUGAUGCUCUGCAAAUGUUCUGAUCCGACCUCAAGUAUUGAACAUUAGCUUCACAAUUGCCCAAUUGUCAAUUUAUUAUACCCAGUAUAGUAUUAUUAGUGAUAAUGAGUAAUACUUGUACAUAAACUGAAUCUAGUGAAACUAACAUUUUUGACAUUUGAGAAGAUUGUCCUCAUAGUAUCAAAGUGAAGAAAUCGGGAGAAGUUUCAAACUUUAAUUGAGGAAAUUUGUCUGAAGCAAUAUAACUAGAAUUCACUGAUCUGUCAUUAUGGAAGAGAUUUUCUUACCAUUCCAGGACAUUUUUUCUCUUGUUGCCACAAGGUAUCUUCCGAAGAGGAUACCUUCCAAAAUCUGCCUGUUGUCAGAACUGUUUCUGACUUAGGAGUUUUGAGCUGCUGGAAUUGCAUUUUCAAUAUCUAUUAGGUAAUAAAAUCAAGGAUUUAUGUUCCUGCAAGAUGGUUUAGAUUGUUUUCCAAAUAGUAGACUGAUGUUUACAGUAAAUUCCACUUCACUGUGACAAACAAACACGCCUUUCACAAAAGUAUUUCCACAUGUGAUGUAAAUAGUGAAGGUCUUUUUGUUGGUUGAAAUGCCGGCUGCUUCUGCCACCUUACACCCUUUUAUUUGUUUCUGACAGAAAACCAUUCACUUCAACAUUAAUUUCUGGGUUCACCAGAAUGAGGCUUAUGACUAGACAUUCAGUGAUUAGGCACUAAAAAAUAGACUUUUAGGAGCUGCUAAUUGCAACCAAUUCCAGCAAUUUUGUAUUACUCUUGAAUCAUAAUAAAAUGUGUGUAUCUCAUUCUCAAUAGAAUUAGUGUCCUCAAAAUUGUGAAUUAACAUAAUCAAAUUGGAAGAUCAUGUUCUGAUGACUGGCUGGACAUUGAUAGUCUGCUGACACUUGUACAUUCUUAUGAGCCAUAGAAUCUACUUUGGUCAUCUCUCUUGUGUCCUGGUCUGGUAAUAUCUGAAAAGACAUUAACUCUUGGGGUAAUAUUAGAAGAAAACCUCUUUAACUUUUUACCAGAAGGCAAAGAAAAUAUAUUGUCAUUUGAAUAGAUGUCUGCUAAAUUUUCAGCUUUAGUAAACAGCUGACUGCAGGCAUUUGCGGAAGAUGUUAGUGCCUAUUUUUAAAUAUUCACUCAGCAGUGUCUUGCUACAUAGUGGUAGUUAAGUUUCUGGGCUGAGUUGAAAGGACGAGUUUUACUUAAAGUUCAAUUACUUCCUGAAAUUUAAAUCUUGGUUGAGGUCUAGCAUUGCCACAGGAGCUUUGAUUAGCUAUAAUGUAUGAUACAGCUAAAUAGUAACAAUAAAAUUACUAUAAGUAAUUAUAAGAAGUGCUUCUGAACUGGGUCCAUGUUGGGGAGAUUGGACUAAGGUCAAUAAAUUCAGCAGGGAAAUGUGUCCCAUUCACAACACAGCAGGCAUGUGGUUAGUUACUGCCUCUUUUAAAGUUUAAAGGUUGUUGUAUAAGGAAACAUUAUUAUAUCUUCCGUUUCAAUUGCUUCUUGAAUUUUGAGAUGUGCCAUAACAAUGGUAUUUCAUAGUAUUUGAUGUGAACUGUUAUUCCACAUGUGCAACCUGCAAUGAGACUCCACUUUGCCAUAAAGGAGGUAACUUAACUUGCAUAGUUAUUAUUGCCACAAUAAGUGGUAAAUCUUCUCGUGCAGUAACUGUGGUCAUGUUCAAGGUAGUGUGCUGAAGUUCAUUUACCUUGUGAAUAUUAAGUUCUUCAUUAAUAUCUAUUUUCUUUGGGAUCACCAGACCACACAUCACACAUUCGAAUAAAAUUUAUCUUGUAUAAAGGAUUCACGGGAACUUACCUUAAAUCUUUUUCCUCUUCCACCUUCUCCUGAGCAAUAAAUUUGAAAAUGGCUCAGAAGAUUAGGCACCCUAACGUAUCUGUACUGUUGAAGAUCGAUCGUAUGAUAUCCUUUCGUGGAGGUGCAACUCGCAUGCCAAUUUGUUUUUAGAUGGCGUUGCUUUGAUAUUCCCGGAAGAAUCUUUCCAAAAAAAUUUGAAGGUCAAUGUAACCUGAUAAAUACAAUGCGUCACUUUUAUUUAAAAUAUCUCGUUUGUGCUUAUUUAUGAAUCUUCAAAACCACUUACGAAACACCCACCUCUUCUUAUAAUCACUUUGUUUUGUAUCAUGAAUGUAAAUUAAUUUUAUAGGAGUACAAAUUGUAUUCUACAGAAUACAUGCAGUUCAUUGAUACUAGUCUCCUAUGGUAAUUUCCAUCUGUUUUUAUCAUGGACUGCUUGUUCUUGGGUAAAUUGUGAACCGAGUUAGUCAUGAAAAAAUUAUUUAUUAAAUCAUGAACAGUAUUGUGAUGUGGAUACUUCUAAACAGAAACAUGCUCAUGAACUGAAAUGAACAAUAUUACCAGUAAUUUGUCGCAUUGUCAAAUGAGGUGGGUGUGCACAAUAUGUAAUUUGUCUGUCUCUCUCUCACACACACAAAAUUGCGAGACAAUCCAAAAAAUUCCUAGCAUUAUUAUAAAAUCGAUUGUAAGUUACCCUUCAGUAUUGUUAUCCAUUGAGGUGGUUACUAUAAAAUUUUGAGUAGACCAUGACUAUGCAUGGUAAUGAAGAUGUCUUCUAGUGUAAUCAUACCAUAUUUCCAGAUUAUCUUCUUAGUUGAAUUUAGUAUCCAGUUUUCACUACCAUAUGGCACUGCCAUCACUUCAUAGAACUUGAGUAAUAUUCCGCUCCUAAUUUUACCUCUGAGAGUUCUUUUAAUUGCAUCUUUUCCUAAAAAUCUUAAUGUGUUGACGUGUUCUAUUUAUUCUAACUUCUAGAACGUGUUUGCAUCUUUGAGGUUGGAGUCCUUGGAUUGCCAUGGAUUUGAUUUACUUGUUAAUAUUUUCAAAUUAUAUAACUUCGUUAUUUUAUGGAGUUCGUAUACAUCUCUGCAAGUUGAAUUUUUUGAUGACAACUAUAACUUGGUCAACAGCAAAAAAUAAGUAUUUUAAUUCUAAUUAUUCCCUUUAAUAUGUCUGUUAUAUUAAGAUCUAAAAACCGCUUCUUCUACUCACUUACCAUGUUGUCGAGAUAUAAAAUAAAAAGUAUCAGUGACAGAAAGAGAGAACUCUUGUCCAAAAUCUUCAUUUAUGAUUUUCUACCAGGAAACAACUACACAAAAUCAUCAAUAUUUUUGUUUAUUAUUGAAACCCUUCUUUCUGGAGGUCUUUCUAUAAUUUGUUUGACAUUUUCAUAAGUGGAAAGUUAAAAGAUCCUGUAUGUUUAAUAUUGUGAAGAAAUUUCCUCUCUCCUCCCCCUCUUUUUGUGUGUGUAGGGGUCAUCAGUUAAUAUUGGAAAGGUAAAGGAAGUCCAUAAAUUACAUAACCCAAAUUUGGAAUAUUUUGAAUACCCUCUUGCCCCUGUAACAUUCAAAUGUAUGAUAGUUAAAAUGUGAAUUAGUUGGUAAUGAUGACUCAGGGGCAAGUUGUAAGUGAAGUAAGGAUGCCUACAUGAGACAAUUUUUGAUCAAGAUCUAU